AUGAAAAUUGAUUAGCAAAAACUAAAUAUUUUUUAUGAUGACAUGUGUGGAAUUUGUGACAAAUUUAUAAAAUUCAUAAUCUGUUUGAUAAAUCCAAGCAUUCUUGAAUUUUAUUCCUUACAGAAUGCAGUUUAAGAUGAAAAAUUAAGAUAAGAAUAUGGAUUAGAUCUAACAUCAAUUGUAGUGAUAACCUAAAAUAAGAAAUUAAUAAAAUCAAAAGCCAUUUUUUAUUUACUAAAGUAGACAAAAUUAAAAUAUUUUAUUAAAUUGAUUGAAUUUAUUAUACCAUUGUGCUUGUCAGAUUGGAUCUACGAUUUUGUCGCAAAACACAGAAAUAAAAUAUGCAAAUUGAAAAAAAGAUGA